CCGCCGCCACGGGCGAGCUGCUCGACAAGUCGGUCAACGCGAUCCGCUUCCUCGCCAUCGACGCCGUCGAGAAGGCCAACUCGGGCCACCCGGGCCUGCCCAUGGGCUGCGCGCCCAUGGGCCACAUCCUCUACGACGAGGUCAUGCGCUACAACCCCAAGAACCCCUACUGGUUCAACCGCGACCGCUUCGUCCUCUCCGCCGGACACGGCUGCAUGCUCCAGUACGCCCUGCUCCACCUCGCCGGCUACGACGCCGUCAAGGAAGCGGACCUGAAGCAAUUCAGGCAAUGGGGAAGCUCCACCCCAGGACACCCUGAGAACUUCGAAACUCCUGGAGUUGAAGUCACCACUGGUCCUCUUGGACAGGGUAUCGCCAACGCCGUCGGGUUGGCACUUGCCGAGAAGCACCUGGCCGCUCGUUUCAACAAGCCUGACAGCGAAAUCGUUGAUCACUACACGUACUGUAUCGUGGGAGAUGGGUGCAACAUGGAGGGUAUCUUGAACGAAGCUUGCUCGCUGGCUGGGCAUUGGGGUCUUGGCAAGCUCAUCACUUUCUACGACGACAACCACAUCUCCAUCGAUGGAGACACUGAGAUUGCCUUCACAGAGGAUGUGAGUGCUCGCUUUGAAGCCCUUGGGUGGCACACGAUCUGGGUUAAGAAUGGCAACGAUGGCUAUGACGAGAUCCGCAAGGCCAUCCAGGAAGCUAAAGCAGUUACCGACAAGCCCACUUUGAUCAAGGUCACCACUACGAUCGGUUUUGGAUCUCCCAACAAGGCCAACUCAUACAGUGUACACGGAGCUGCAUUGGGCACCAGCGAGGUUGAAGCAACCAGGGCAAACCUUGGAUGGCCCUAUGAGCCAUUCUUUGUGCCUGAGGAUGUCAAGAGCCACUGGAGUCGCCAUGUGCCCCAAGGUGCUGCCCUUGAGGCUGAUUGGGAUGCUAAGUUUGCACAGUACGAGCAGAAGUACCCAGAAGAUGCCGCGACUCUGAAAAGUAUUAUCACAGGAGAGUUGCCUGCUGGCUGGGCUGAUGCUCUUCCUCAAUACACUCCAGAGAGCGCAGCAGAUGCCACAAGGAAUCUCUCUCAGCAGUGCCUGAAUGCACUUGCUCCAGUUGUGCCUGGUCUUAUUGGUGGUAGUGCUGAUCUUGCAUCCUCCAACAUGACACUUCUUAAGAUGUUUGGCGACUUCCAGAAGGAUACUCCCGAGGAGCGCAAUGUCCGCUUUGGAGUCAGGGAGCAUGGAAUGGGUGCCAUUUGCAAUGGCAUUGCGCUGCACACCCCAGGGCUGAUCCCAUACUGUGCCACUUUCUUUGUUUUCACUGACUACAUGAGAGGUGCCAUGAGGAUCUCAGCCUUGUCCGAAGCUGGAGUUAUCUAUGUCAUGACCCACGACUCUAUUGGUCUGGGUGAAGAUGGCCCGACCCAUCAGCCCAUUGAGCACUUGGUGAGCUUCCGUGCCAUGCCGAACAUAUUGAUGUUCCGCCCUGCUGAUGGCAAGGAGACUGCUGGAGCAUACAAGGUCGCAGUCCUCAACAGGAAGAGGCCAUCUAUUCUCGCUCUCUCCAGGCAAAAGCUUCCUCAUCUGCCUGGCACCUCAAUUGAGGGCGUUGCCAAGGGUGGGUACACCAUCUCCGACAACUCAACCGGCAACAAGCCUGACUUCAUCUUGUUGAGUACUGGUUCUGAGCUGGAGAUUGCUGUCAAGGCUGCUGAAGAGUUGACCAAGGAGGGAAAGACCGUCCGCGUUGUGUCAUUUGUCUCGUGGGAGCUUUUCGACGAGCAGUCAGAUGAAUACAAGGAGAGCGUGCUUCCAGCGGCCGUCACUGCAAGAAUCAGUAUUGAGGCUGGGUCUACCCUGGGAUGGCAAAAGUAUGUUGGAUCCGCAGGCAAGACCAUUGGCAUUGACAAAUUCGGAGCAAGUGCUCCUGCUGGAAUUAUCUACAAGGAAUAUGGUAUCACUGCGGAGAACGUCGUUGCCGCAGCCAAGAGCCUGUAAGAUUGCACUUCUUCAGGGUUUUUGUCAUCGUUGAUGCCAAGGAACACCACACUUGCCCAGAGCUUUGGAAUAAUAGAGGGAGAGACAGAGGAUGCCUGCGUCGGAAGCGUGAGUGGUAUUUUAGGCCUGUAAUAAACAAUGCCUUUUCCAUUUGCGUUGGUUUUAUUCGAUCGCCCCUUAGAUGAUUCAUUCAUGAAGGGCGAGCCUGAUUAAAGUGGGGACUCGUUUUGUUGAUGUCUUACAUUGAACUGAUAGUCGUGCAUAUGAUGGAUUGUUUGAUUCUCCCUUGAGAUCAUCAUCUCAAUCGGUUUAUGAUAUGGUGCGCCCUUGCUCC